CUUCUCUCUCCCUCUCAUUCAGCCUGAGCUGUGGACACAACCAGAAGCGGUCUGCGAGUGUGUGAGAGAGAGAGCGUAUGUUCGUGAAGUCAACCGGGAUCCCUGCUGAAACUCUACCUCUCGCACAAACUCGGUCCCACUCAGCCAUCCAUCCCACCCAGAGUCCCAGAGGAGUACACCUUUACCCCCACGACCACUGAAACGCCCCCCACAUGGAGCCAUGUGAACCCCCGUCUCCCGGGAUCUGAUUUCGGAUUGCCUCCUUGGGGAGAAGCUCCAGGCACUGGAUCUUUUGAAGUAAGGAGGGACUGCGGAGAUCUCGGCCAUCCCACAGGGAAGCACUGUGCUCUGGGCAUUGUGGGCUAAAAGCCCCCUUGGGCUGGAGGCCAGCGCUCCAGCACCAUGGAUUACCUGGUUUGGAUUUUUCUGCUGAUGUGCGGGGUGGCGUUACCUGGAAGAGUUGCACCCCAGCACACUAAAGAGAAUGUGCCCAGACUGAAGCUGUCUUAUAAGGAAAUGCUAGAAUCUGGAAAUCUACUGACUUUCACCGGCUUUGCAAACAGUUCAGGUUACGACACGUUCCUAUUGGAUGAGGAGAGAGGGAGAUUAUUGGUUGGAGCGGAGGACCACAUCUUCUCUUUUGACCUGGUCAACAUUAACAGAGAUCUCAAGCAGAUCGCCUGGCCUGCCACGCCUUCCAAACGUGAUGAAUGCAAAUGGGCCGGAAAAGACUUGGGGAAAGAUUGCUCAAACUAUGUGCGUGUACUGCAGCCUUAUAAUCAGACACAUAUUUACGUGUGUGGCACUGGAGCUUUUCAUCCUAUCUGUGCUUACCUGGAGAUGGGCAAACGGGCAGAGGACAAUAUCUUCAGACUGGAUGUCAACCACUUUGAGAACGGACGUGGGAAAAGUCCCUAUGAUCAGAAGAUGCUGUCGUCCUCACUCCUGAUUGAUGGUGAGCUCUACUCUGGAACAUCAGCGGAUUUUAUGGGUCGAGAUUUUGCCAUCUUCCGCACGCUCGGAUCACAUCAUCCAAUCAGGACCGAGCAGCAUGACUCCAGAUGGCUAAAUGACCCAAGGUUUGUUGGAAUACACCUGAUCCCCGAGAGCGAUAAUCCUGAAGAUGAUAAGAUCUUCCUGUUCUUCAAAGAAAACGCCAUGGAUGGUGAACACACAGGCAAAGCUACUAUCUCCAGGAUAGGACAACUGUGUAAGAAUGAUAUGGGUGGACACAGGAGUCUCGUGAACAAAUGGACGACUUUCUUGAAAGCUAAGCUCACCUGCUCUGUGCCGGGACUCAGCGGCAUUGACACACAUUUUGAUGAGCUGCAGGACGUCUUUCUAAUGAGUGCUAAAGACCCAAAGAAUCCUGUCAUCUACGCUGUGUUUACUACAUCCAGUAAUAUCUUCCGUGGAUCCGCUAUAUGCAUGUAUAGUAUGGCAGACAUCCGAAGGGUAUUUCUGGGUCCAUAUGCCCACAGGGAUGGGCCAAACUACCAGUGGGUUCCCUUCCAGGGCAGAGUGCCAUACCCCCGUCCUGGCACAUGUCCAAGCAAAACGUUCGGAGGCUUCGACUCCACCAAAGACCUGCCGGACGAUGUCAUCACAUUUGCACGCCUGCACCCAGCCAUGUACAACCCUGUGCAGCCGAUGGGUGGGAAGCCCAUCGUUGUCCGCACCAACGUCGAGUACCAGUUCAAUCAGCUGGUGGUGGACCGCGUGGAAGCUGAGGACGGCCAGUAUGAUGUCAUGUUCAUCGGCACAGAUUUAGGAACUGUGCUGAAGGUGGUGACCAUUCCCAGGGAAAGCUGGCACGAUCUGGAGGAAGUCGUGCUGGAGGAGAUGACUGUGUUCAGGGAGCCAACACCUAUUACAGCCAUGGAGCUUUCCACCAAACAACAACAGCUGUACCUGGGGUCGGAAUUAGGGAUUUCCCAGAUGCCUUUGCACCGCUGUGAGGUGUAUGGAAAAGCGUGCGCGGAGUGCUGCCUGGCGAGGGAUCCGUAUUGUGCAUGGGACGGGACCGAAUGCUCCAGAUAUUUUCCAACUGCUAAGAGGAGAACGAGACGCCAGGACAUCCGAAAUGGAGAUCCUCUUUCUCAGUGCUCAGAUUUACAACACAAUGAUGAUCUGGAGGGUUACAGCAGCGUGGAGGAAAGAAGCGUGUAUGGCGUAGAGAACAGCAGUAUGUUUCUGGAAUGCAGCCCAAAAUCUCAGAGAGCGUUAAUCUACUGGCAGCUCCAGAAACCAAACGACAAACAUAAACUUGAGAUUAUGUUUGAUGAGCGGAUGAGUCUUACAGGCCAGGGUUUGUUGAUCAGAAGUCUAACCCAAACUGAUUCGGGGGUCUACCACUGUCACGCUGUGGAGCACGGCUUCAUCCAGCCUCUGCGUCGCAUUAACCUGCAGGUCAUCCCCUCUCAGCGCGUGAGUGAGCUGCUUCUCCGAGCGGGAUCCAGCGACAAAGAGCCCACCCCCAAACGCAAACUGUGGUACCGGGAUUUCAUGAGCCUCCUGGAGCAUCCCGAUCUCAACAGCGUGGACGAAUUCUGCGAGCGGGUUUGGAAGAGAGAAAGAAAGCCGAAAGGAAAGAAAGUGCCCAAAAUCAACCCCGGAGCUGGCGCUGGCGUGAAAACAGAUAAAUCACCUCAAACCACCGCUCAGAGCAUACAGAACCCGGCGCAGAAUCAGAACGGCCAGAGGAACCAAAACGCGCCCAAGGUGCCGAACAAUCCCAGCGUUCAGGUCCUGCCCAAGUCAGCUGGUCUACAACGGAGUCAAAUGCCAGUAAGUACCGUAAGCACGGAGCGCCAGACCACCAAACCCGACAGCGGAGGGAUCGCCCAGAGCACGCAGGUCCAGAGUGCUUCGGAGAGCCAAAGAUCACAACAGAACCAGGGGAAGAGAGGUAGCCAGACCCCCCAGAGAGGACCACCAAACACAGCCAAAUGGAAACAGCUUCAGGAGAACAAGAGGGGCCGCAAUCGUCGGACCCACGAACAGCAGAGACCACCGCGCAGCGUGUGAGAGAGACGCGUUGAUUGAUUGACAGCUGACAGACAUGAUCAUAAAUAUACACACGCACACACAGUCAACGAUAUCCGCCAUCAGUCAUUCAUACGUAAACGAACAGAUUAUAAAAGUGAACUUAACUGGAAUCACGUUCAUGCCGGGAAAGCACAUUCACCUUGUUGUUGUGAUGUAACAGCAAAGACCUCUUUCACUAGUGAAUGUCCAAACUUCAUAUAGGAUACAAGCGCGUGCCGAUCCACAAGACCCUUUCAAGACAGCAGGACGUUUCCGAGACGUUUGCCAAAAACCUCCGAGACGAGAUGUGAUGGUGCCAAGGGAAUACGAUGUGCUUUUUGGUAUCGAACGACAUGGUGUUUGUUUCUCAAAUGUACUUGUCUGUAUUUGUUGACAGGAUAUGGACGUGAAUGUGAUGCUUCGGAGCGAACCAUCAUUUGUAAAAGACUGUAAUAUAGCCACUAUAGAAGCAAGCAUUGUACUGUAUAUAAAACCACACUAAUUAUGGAUAUGAAAGGUGAAAGACUUUAGGCAUGCCUCGGUAACCGCUUGUCUAAGCUUUCAUCCUCAGAAGAGUUUUGAUGUUCGUGUAAUUCAUAAUGUUUGAGAUAAUCAGGUGGGCUUGGCGGACUAAAAAGUCAACACCUGUGGUGAUCCUUUCUGCCAAAAGUUAGGUUGCAAAUACAACGUGCAUGAGUGUAAUGAAUAAGCUCUUCCAAGCCAGAACGUAGUUGAUCUAUCUUAAGAUCGCACAAGUCGAGGCGAUAGUUCUUAAUGUCGGUUGAAUUAAAAAUGAAAGAAUGUCUUGUGUAAACAAUGGCAUCUUUUUAAAGGAUGUUAUUAAGAUAGUUCCAUAAUGUCUGUAGUGUAUUUCUAAAUUAUUAUUACUCUUAUUUCAUCAAAUCGCGUCAUUAAUUUGCUAACUCAGUCUAUGUUAGGCUGAAUGCAGAGUAACUCUAGUAUAUGUACAUAUAUACAGCGGAACUCUAUGUGAUUAUUUAUUGCUGGUUAUUGUUUAUUGUUCAAAGGGUUGCAUUUAUUUUUGAUAUUUUUUCUAUUCGGUUGUAAACGUGUUACUGACAGGCCACAAUACCCUUAGAUGGACCAAUUGGGGUUUUUUUUCUUUUCCCUAAUAUUCUUGUUAAACUUUAACAGAUGCAGUUGUAUGAUUAGAGUUUUGUGAUUUUUCUUUUUGCCUUUCAUUUCUUUUUUCUUCAUAGCCAGGUCUUUAUCUUUUAUUAAAUCAGUAAAUCGUUGUGCAAAACCAACAAGACUUAAUAAAUCAUCUCCAAGAAUUAGCUGUGAAUCUCCCUAAAAAGUGUGUGGGUAAGGUCUUCACACUGCAUGUGAAUUUGUCCAUCUUUUAUUUUAUUGCCAUUAUGUUGUGUGAAAGGUCCUUUACGUGCCACGCAAGAUGUAUGAGAUGUGAGAAAUGAGAUUUUUGCCAUUUGCAAAGAUCACCCCAUCUAAACAUACCCUGUCUCUUUAAUGUAGUAUUUUAGUCUUCACAUACAAGGUUUCCCCAUUGUUCAACAAAAUUGACAUUUAAAUCCAAUACUGAGUUUUAUCCACCAGAUGGCGCUCCCACCCACUCCCUGCUCCAGAUGGAGUUGAUUUGGAGCUGGUUGGCGCAAGAAGGGAGUAGAAGGGAGCUGUCAGUUAUGUAAAAUUGGUGUUUCUGGCAUGCAUUUGGUUGUCUGAAUAAAUAUUUCCUCUAUA